AGUUUGGCUUGCGACUUUGGCGUCCCAAUUUUUAAUUUUGGCCCACCGUGAAUUUGAGUUUGACACCCCUGGCGUAGAGGUUGGAAAUCAGUGUUAUGUAGGGGUCGGUUAUUGUUAAGUUAUUGUUCAUCGCAUGGCAAUGCUGUUGGCCACAUGGAAGCCCAUGGAAGUUCUUAGUUGGAGUCUGUGUAAUGCGGGCUUCAUCUGUUCACCUAGUUCUAUAAAUACCCACCAGUGAGUGACAGCAACAGACAGCUGCAGCCCGGCAGCCAACCAUCCGGUCUGUUUAGGUCAUCCGCCGCCAUCUGAGCAGCCCUAUUGACUUCUCUGCUCUGUUGUGGUGGAGUGAAACCAGCGAGUGAGUGAGUGAGACCACGAGACCCCGAGCGACACCAGAACGCCGAAGAAAAUGGCUGCCGUCAACAUAGAUCCGAUGGAGCAACCUCGAAUGUACCAACAGACGCUGCUACAGGACGGACUCUGCGAUCUGUUGGAGAAUGACAAGUUCGUGGACUGUGUCCUCAAGAUCAAGGACAAGGAAUUCCCGUGCCACCGCUUGGUUUUGGCAGCAAGCAGCCCGUUCUUCAAGGCCAUGUUGCUGUCCGACAUGGAGGAGAGUAAGAAACAUCAGAUUGUCCUUAAAGACGUAGAUCCAGGUGUUAUGGGGGUGAUCCUGCGCUACCUGUAUACCUCCGACAUUACUCUGACGGAACAGAAUGUCCAGGAUAUUUUCAUUGUCGCCAACAUGUAUCAGAUCCCGUCUAUCUUCUCCGUGUGCGUGUCGUACCUUCAGGAAAAGCUCGUGCUGGGAAACUGCUUAGCUAUCUUCAGACUGGGGUUGCUCUUGGACUGUCCCAGCCUCACUCUGGGUGCUAGAGACUUUAUCUGUGAACGUUUCCAGGUUGUGAUCAGGGACCCUGACUUCCACCAACUGAGUCCUAGCGAACUGGCCAUUAUUAUCACCUCAGAUGCCCUUAACAUCAAGCGCGAAGAGCUGGUUUUCGAAGCCCUAAUGGACUGGGUCAAACAUGACGAGACGAGUCGAACAAAGGAUCUGCCGGAGCUGCUGCACUGCAUCCGUUUUAGGCUGAUGCCUGUGGAUUACUUCAACGAAAACGUCGAACGCCACCAGUAUAUCAGGUUCAGUCAGGAAGUCAAGAAGGAACUGGAUCUGGUCAGGGAUGCUCAAAAAGGACGUUUUCCAAAACCCAAGAGGCAAGACCGCGUAGGAUCAAAAGGUCGAGAAGGAUCCGAAAAUGAUGAAGAAAGGGACGAGGAGGAAGGAUACCUGCCUGGGAUUCUCAACAACAACCUACGGUUUGGGAUGUUUGAGAUGGACCUAAUUCUAAUGAUCAGUGACACGGGGACUGUGGCAUACGACCCGGUAGGUAACGAAUGCUUCGUGGUGUCAGAAUCAACGGAAAUUCCUAAAAACCACUGCAGCCUGGUCACAAAGGAGAACCAGGUAUUUGUGGUUGGAGGCCUUCUGUACAACAAGGACGACCAAGAUGAACCCUUCAGCUCUUAUUUUUUACAGCUUGACCCGGUGAGUUCAGAAUGGUUAGGGAUGCCGUCGCUGGUCAACCCUCGCUGCCUAUUUGGAUUAACAGAAGCUGGAAACUCGAUAUAUGUGGUUGGAGGAAAAGAACUGAAGGAAGGUGAACAUGCCCUGGAUUCAGUCAUGAUCUACGACAGACAGUCAUUCAAAUGGGGAGAAUCUGAUCCUCUGCCAUAUGAAGUCUACGGCCAUGGGACGGUGUCACACAAUGGUCUGGUCUACGUUAUUGGAGGAAAGUCUCAGAGCAAAAAAUGUUUAAGAAGAGUCUGCGUAUACAAUCCCUCUAAGUUUGAAUGGAAGGAUCUAGCACCUCUGAAGACUGCCCGCUCCCUGUUUGGUAUCGCAGUCCACAAUGACCAGAUUUAUGUGGUGACAGGGGUCACUGACGCAGGCCUUACCAACUCUGUGGAAGUCUAUGAUAUUAACACCAACAAGUGGUCAGAGUUUACAGAGUUCCCUCAGGAGCGAAGCUCCCUCAAUCUGGUUUCACUGGGAGGUUUCCUUUACGCUGUGGGAGGAUUUGCCAUGAUGGCCAAUGAAAGCAGUGAGGUCCCUGCGCCUACGGAGAUGAACGAUAUCUGGAGGUACGAUGAGGAAGAGCAGAGUUGGAAUGGGAUUUUGCGGGAGAUCACCUACGCUGAGGGAUCCACUGUCCUUCCAGUUCGCCUCAACGUUUUGCGUCUCACCAAGUUAUAACCAUCGUUACCGUGUGCUCCUCCAGCCUAAUAAACUAUAAUUUUGACUUUAUUGUAAUCGUACUCAUUAUAAAAUAAUGUCUGAGAAGAUUUUAUUUGAUUUGAUUUGUUUUUUUUAAUUUUUUUUAUUUGUCUCACAACAUACAUCAGAGGGAGACAGUGACGUGCUCGCAUAGGUCUAAAGCAGGGGGUGUCAAUUCACUCAUUUUCACCAGGGGGCCACAUCAGCAAUACAGUUCCCCUUGAAGGGCUGGUUGUAAUUGGAAUACUGUAUAGAUCAGGGGUCCCCAGCCGCCGGUUCGCGGACCAGUGCUAGUCCAUAGGUCAUUUGGUACCAGGCUGCUGUGGGACACAAUGAAAAAAAUGUACUUAAUUUUUUUACCAAUUUACUUAAUUCAAAGUAAAUCCUGUCAUAUCCAUUUACUUUGACCAGUCAUUGGAACUAAAAAGUUGGGGACUGCUGGUAUAGCUAUAACUACUACAUAACUGUGUCUAAUGCAUGUUUCUGCAACUGAUUAUUAUUUAUUCAAGCUACAAAUAUUGUUCGUUGCUGUGUAAUUUUUUUUUUUUUGAAUUUUUUAGGUUAAGUAACUCUGCUGCACGGACUUUACUAAAUGGUUUUUAGGCUCCUGCGGGCCACACAAAUCGGCUUCGCGGGCCGCAUUUGGCCCCCGGGCCUUGAGUUAGACACGUGGUCUAUAGGAAACAGAAGACAUUUCUGUUUGUCCAGAUCCUGUGACAUGUACAUCUGUUUGUUAUAUUGAUUGUUUUUCUUUGUGUGGAUAUGAAUAAAUAUAUAUUGACUAGAUGUCAAUUUCAUCUAUAAAUAUUUAUAAAAAAAAAA